CGCCCUUAUCGAUUUCAUACCAAUAUUCUGGCAAUCUUUCUAUCUACCAUUACUGUAUUGGACUGAUGGCACGCGAUAGAAAGUUCGAUGUCGGGGUUGCAGUGAUUGGUGGCGGGCCUGCUGGCAUGGCAAUAGCGCUCGGAUGCAUCAAAGCCGGCAUCGACGUCAAGGUGUAUGAACGAUAUCCCUAUGCCAGGCCAGCAGGAAACAUUCUCAAUCUAUGGCCACCAGCCAUACACGCCCUCAGGUGCAUGGGCGUGAGUACGACUGACCUCGGAGCUGCCUCGCCUGCAACCACGUUCCGGAAUCCCAGUGGACAUGUACGUGCUACGGUACGGCUGGCGGACGAUGUCAUAGAGAAAUACGACGGCGGCUUUCUUGGGCUUUUGCGGCCAGAUCUCUACAAACGGAUGCUCUCGGCUAUUCCCGAGGGCGUCAUGGAGUUCAAUAAAUCCGUGACUGCAUUCGAAGACACUGGCGACUGUGUUCGGAUGACGUUGGGAGACGGUACUGUCAUCAAAGCAGCUGUCAUCAUUGGUGCUGAUGGCAUCGACUCUUCUGUCCGCACUCACCUAUGGGGUCAAAGUCCUCGAAGAAACCAAGACCUCCACGUGAUCGGCGGCUUCACCUUUGACACUGCCGAUGGUGUCAUUCCUGACGAAUGCGUCAUCACCCACGACCCCCAAGUUCAGGGAACAUACGGACCUCUUCUGAGCCAGGGCCGCAAAGGCCUUCAGUGGUGGUUCGUUGAGGGAUGGCCUGAUAGCAAGCCCGUGGAAGAAAGCCUCAAAAGCCGUGCUCAAACGCUGUCGAAAAGAUUUCCCGGGCCCCUCAGUGAACUCGUGAACAGCACCGCCUCAGAGGAUGUCGUCAUGUGGCCAAUUCGCGACAGGGUGCCACUCAAGAAAUGGUCCAAGGGCCGGAUGAGUCUUGCUGGAGACGCAGCCCACGCUACCUCACCUUACGCUGCUUACGGCGCGGGAAUGUCCAUCUCGGACGGAUAUUUCAUAGCGCAAAGUCUAUACAAAAUUGACCUCUCGGACACAAAUGCGGUCGCGAAUGCACUCGAGCGGUAUGAGGGAUAUCAGCUGGCACACACUACACACAUGGUCGAAUCGGCGUACUUUGUUGGCAGGCUCUUCCAUCACGUUCCUUUUCCACUGAAUUAUCUUCGUAAUCUGGUUCUGGACUGGACGUCCAUGUUGCAACGUGAGGUUGGUGACAAGAACCCUGAGGAGAUUACUGGACAGUUGAGGUUGAUGGGGAAAGGCAUUACUAUCUAGAGUACGAGAUGCUCUGAGCUUCCAGACUUCACUAUUAUACUUAGCAGUAAUGGCUAUUACUUGUAGAGAGGGAGCAUAAAGACUGUUCAUUCAAGGAAUCUGAUCUAACAGUGAGCAAUGAGGAGCCAAACAUCAUUCUAAUUCCUGUGCUCUACUAUGCGAGUACGGCGAAAUAGUUUAGCAAGGUGCUUCUUGAGGCAAGGCUAAUAAGGAGAUAUCAUAGGAAUUUAGUACGGUAGUUAACCAUUAUUCAAUGAAGUAGUAUCAGUAAUUCAAUUCAAAGCAGGGUUUCAUGUGCAGGG